AUGGGGUGGGAGAACUAUGUGGACUAUGUAUACAGCAAAAUGGCGUCCGCCAGCAGGGUCGUUCAGGUAGUCAAGCCACAUACUCCACUAAUAAGAUUCCCAGAUAGAAGAGACAAUCCGAAACCCAAUGUAUCAGAAGCUUUGGGAUCAGCAGGACUACCAUCUCAUUCUUCCUCAAUUUCACAACAUUCUAAAGGAAGCAAAUCACCAGAUUGGCUGAUGUAUCAGGGCCCACCAGACACUGCAGAAAUAAUAAAAACAUUACCUCAGAAAUAUAGAAGGAAACUUGUGUCUCAGGAAGAAAUGGAAUUUAUCCAGCGUGGAGGUCCGGAAUAA